UAUCUCACCAUAUCUCCAAUAGUUCCUUUGGAGGAUCACAAGAUCUUCAAAUUAUUGAGAAGUGCUAUCCCAUGCAGAAAAGUAUAUUCUUGACGUUGACAAAUGAGCAGGGGCAACCCCCUGAUUGCAUACUAAAGGACGCAAAAAACACCAGCAAGCUAAGUUAUUCAAGUUUGCUUGGGAGCAUUAAUCCUAUGAGCAGAUCUAGAGUUUAUCAAGCUUUGGCAGAAGAAGAUAUUGAAGCUGAUGCCAAGGGCAAUGAUGUUGAUCUCAGUCUGAUAUUGAUCAAUGUGAAGCAUAUUACGAAGCUGCUAGGGGAACAAGGAAGAGAAGAAUAUGUGGUCUUGGAUCUCAAGCACAAAGUUAUCUGCUUUUUGUUGGAAAGAACAAAAUUAUGCACUAACAAUACUUGAUGGAUGUGUGGGUUCUUUUGGUAGUUGACAGCUUGGUGUUGUCGGUGUUUUGGACUUAACGAUUAGGAUUUCGCUAUCUAUUUUGAAUUUUUUUUA